ACCCCCUGCAUUGCCACAUGUGUCCUCUUUCUUUCUCUCUUGAGCCAUCAUGCCGGCGAAAAAGAAGCAACAGAAGAAAAAAACACAGUUGAAGUUCACUGUGGACUGUACUCAUCCAGUUGAAGAUGGCAUCAUGGAUGUAGCCAACUUUGAACAGUUUCUCCAUGAGAGGAUUAAAGUUGGUGGCAAGACCAAUAAUUUUGGCAGUGAUGUGUCCAUUGAUCGUCAGAAGAACAAGAUCACUGUUGUUUCUGACAUUCCGUUCUCCAAAAGGUAUCUUAAGUAUCUGACUAAGAAGUACCUGAAGAAGAACAAUCUUCGUGACUGGCUGCGAGUUGUAUCAUCUGCACAAGCUACCUAUGAGCUGAGGUACUUCCAGAUCAACAAUGAAGACGAAGAUGAGGAGGGCGAAGAUGAAUCGUAAAGAUUAGUCUUGUAACUCUAAUUGAAUGUCUUGAAUAAACAGACGUCAAAAUCAAA